AAUAAUAAUAAAGUUUUGUUUUUGUUUCGGUUUUGAGUUGUGUUGUGUUCAAUGGUUGAAUUAGGAAUCGGAAUCUCAUUGGUGCUGUAAUGAUGCGAUCUUCGAUUUGCUGAUUUGCUUCGGCCGUUGAUUUUGGUUACUUUGGGUCAACAACAAGGGACAAAACAGAGAAAUGAACGGCGGUGAAGAGGUUAUCACGGCGACUCCACCGCAGCCGCUCGAGUGGAAGUUCUCUCAGGUCUUCGGUGAGCGAACCGCCGGGGAAGAAGUCCAGGAAGUUGAUAUAAUUUCAGCAAUUGAAUUUGACAAAUCUGGCGAUCAUCUUGCUACUGGUGAUCGUGGGGGGCGGGUGGUUCUCUUUGAGCGAACAGACAAUAAGGAUCAUGGAGGAUCCAGAAGGGAUCUGGAGAGAAUGGAUUAUCCAAUAACUAGGCAUCCUGAAUUUCGUUACAAAACCGAGUUUCAGAGCCAUGAACCUGAGUUUGACUAUCUAAAGAGCUUGGAAAUAGAGGAGAAAAUCAACAAGAUCAGAUGGUGCCAAACAGCCAAUGGUGCACUGUUUCUCCUUUCUACUAAUGAUAAAACCAUCAAAUUUUGGAAGGUACAGGAAAAGAAGGUCAAGAAAAUUUCUGACAUGAAUUUGGACCCUUUGAAAGCUGUAGCAAAUGGAAGUGUUGCUAGUUCAAGUAAUGCUAGUAGCCCUAAACCAUAUCUUGCAAAUGGUGGAUGUCUGGACAAAUCAUAUAGUUCUCUGAGCAAUGAAUUUUCGAUUCCACCUGGGGGCAUUCCUUCACUACGUUUACCGACGGUAACUAGCAACGAGAUUAGCCUAAUGGCUAGAUGCCGAAGGGUAUAUGCUCAUGCUCAUGACUAUCAUAUCAAUUCUAUCUCAAACAAUAGUGAUGGUGAAACAUUUAUAUCAGCUGAUGACCUGCGCAUCAAUCUUUGGAACUUGGAAAUUAGCAAUCAGAGUUUUAAUAUUGUUGAUGUCAAGCCUGCAAACAUGGAGGAUCUAACUGAGGUGAUAACAUCAGCAGAAUUCCACCCUACCCAUUGUAAUACGUUAGCAUAUAGCAGUUCUAAAGGCUCAAUACGGCUUAUUGAUUUGCGACAAUCGGCUUUAUGUGAUUCUCAUGCUAAAUUAUUUGAGGAACAAGAGGCGCGUUUUGAUAUAACUUUCACAUAUCCUAGUAAAUCAAAUAUAUCUCCUACAAAAGAAAAUUUAACUCAUCAUUUUGGUCGAAGGAUUAUGAUGCAAUUGAAUUUGACAAAUCUGCGAUCAUCUUGCUACUGGUGA